CAACCGCCUUAUUCUCACAAAAAUGGCUUCGCAGACUUACCCCCUCUUCUGCAUGGGAAAUCCCCUGCUUGAUAUGCAAGUGUCAAAUGGAGAGGAACUGCUCAAAAAGUAUGAUCUCAAGGCAAAUGAUGCCAUCUUGGCCGAGGACAAGCAUCUGCCUUUGUAUGACGAUGUUGUUCGAGUGCCCAAUAUCGCAUAUCUUGCGGGAGGCGCUGCACAGAAUGCUGCCAGAGGAGCUGCUUAUGUGCUACCCCCCAACUCUGUCGUAUACACCGGAUGUGUCGGCGACGACGAGCUCGCAGAGCAGCUGAAAGUCGCGAACAAGCGCGAGGGGCUGCAAGAAGCCUACCUCGUCAAGAAGGGCGAGAAGACAGGCGCAUGUGCCGUGGUCAUUACUGGUCACCACAGAUCGCUCGUCACCACCUUGCGCGCGGCUGAGAAAUUCGAGAAGGCACAUCUCUCUUCUCCUGAAGUCGCUCGCCUGAUCGAUGGCGCCAAAGUAUUCUACGUUGAGGGUUACUUCCUCACUCACGGCAUCGAGUCCGCCGUCGAAGUCGCCAAGAAAGCAUCCGAUGCUGGGAAGGUUUUCGCUCUCAACCUAUCUGCUCCCUUCAUCCCCCAAUUCUUCAAAGUCCAGCUCGAGCAAAUCUUCCCCUACUGCGACAUCAUCAUUGGAAACGAGAGCGAAGCUGCUGCAUGGGCAAGCGCCACUGGACUCCCCGACAAGGAGAACAUCCCCGCGAUCGCCAAGUCGCUCGCGACGCUGCCCAAAUCCAACCCCUCCCGCGCCCGUACCGUCGUCAUCACCCAAGGCCCUUCUUCCACCAUCUUCGUCUCCUCGUCCACACCCGAUGAACCAAAGAUCUUCCCCGUGACGCCCCUUGCAGACUCCCAGAUUGUCGACACUAACGCCGCCGGUGAUGCGUUUGCCGGUGGUUUCCUCGGCGCUUUUGUCGCUGGUAAGAGCAUUGACGAGUGUAUUAUUGCUGGUCAUAAAUUGGGCGCGAUGUGCGUUCAACAGGUUGGUCCACAGUACAAGUGGCCCAAAGAAAAUAUCUUGUGAUGAUUCCGCUAUCUCUUCCGAUCUUCGUUUAUUUCUCUGCUCUCAACAGCAAAGCCUCUAGACAUGUAUCAGUAGCGUGUCAACCUGCAUUAAGCUCUCCACAGCUUGUAAUACAUCUAAGUGAUACCAUCGUCCAUCUACUAUGGCAAGCUUCACAGAACAUGGCGAUGAGAAAAAUACACAUAACUCCAUAAUUAAAUGACAAAUGACAAAAAUCCCGACAAUAUUACAAUAAUGCGACAAAGGAAAAAGAGAUAUGGAAAGGACAUCGGAAAGUAGAGAAGCCAUCUAGGCUGGGGGCGGAGAUGCAAGAGACUCCUGAUUGAGUAAGUCUGCAGGUUUCAAUAUAAGCUCAGUCUCCUCUGUUUGUCCCUCGACCAUUUUGGGCAACGGCGCCGAGUUGGAUGUCGUUUCCUCUCCAGCGGGUCCAGCACCACCAUCAGCAUGGUCGUCAACUUCCAUGUUGUCCUCCAUCCCUUGGUCUGAGUCCGCCGUAGGCGAAGUGGCGGCCUCUGCGUUGUUCCGAGCUGCUGCUUGAACCUUCUCCGCAUCUAAAAUUUCAGCUUGCCGCCUCGCAGCGUCCAAUACAGCUUGCAUAGCUGCCUGUGUAAUCGCCAGCGAAACAGGUGGACUCCCGGUCGGAGGCGCAUCAUGUGUAGAUCUCGCCCCUCCGGCGUCGAGGGAUGGGUCAAUGACGGGAGCAGCUUGCGCAGUUUUCUUCUGAGAAGGGCGGCCGGCUGCCUGUCCGCCUUCGGAUAACUCAGGAUCAACAACUUGCUCAUUGGAAUUGUCGCGCUGCUCGUCAUGCGAAGAUUCUUGUCCAUUGGGCGUUUGGGGCUGGCUAUUCAUUUCAGAGUUCUGUGGAUG